CCCUGACGUUUCAACAUGGAACUCGUCCCCAAAACCAAAUACACGCAUUUCCGAAGUGACUCGUUCAGCUCGACGGAUGAGACAAACUCCAAUCCCUCACUUCCCUCCUCUGCUCCUCUCACUCCUCUCACUCCUCCGGGCAUUCCCUCCUCUCUCUCUUCCUCCUCUCUCACCCCCAUCCUCCCUCCGUCCUCCCCGCGGCAGGCGGAGAACAGCCCCACCACGCUCUGCUCCUUCUUCCCCAGGAUGGGGGCUCUGAAGCUGGGUGUGUCUGCUACUUUACUCCCUGGUCUGAAGGCUUCCAGCAGGCCUCCUUCGGGUCCUGCCGAGGGUUUGGGGGAGACAGAGGAGGAGAGCAGCACCUCCUCCGCACCUCCUCUCUUCUCUCUAACAGCUCCUUCUCCUCCUCCUCGGCCUCCCCAGGACAUGAAUCGGCUGGGCGGAGCCUCGCGGCGGGCUCGCGUGGAGGGCGGACAGCUGGGAGGAGACGAAUGGACGAGGCACGGCUCCUUCGUGAACAAGCCCACCCGAGGUUGGCUGCAUUCGGACAACGUGGUCAGCACUUCGGGGGUCUCCUACACUGUCAAGUACAUGGGUUGUGUUGAGGUACUGCAGUCGAUGAGAGCGCUGGACUUCAACACCAGAACGCAGGUUACAAGAGAGGCGAUAUCCGUGGUAUGUGAGGCUGUGCCGGGUGCCAAAGGAGCUCAGCGCAGGAGAAAGCCCUCCUCACGGUGUCUGUCCUCCAUCUUGGGGAAGAGUAAUCUCCAGUUUGCUGGGAUGACAAUCAGUCUCACUGUGUCAACUAGCAGCCUCAACCUACUGGCUACAGAGUGCAAACAGAUUAUUGCCAACCAUCACAUGCAGUCCAUCUCUUUCGCAUCAGGAGGAGACCCAGAUACGGCUGAGUAUGUAGCGUAUGUAGCCAAAGACCCCGUCAACCAACGAGCGUGUCACAUUCUGGAAUGUUCCGAGGGGCUGGCGCAAGAAGUGAUCAGUACCAUCGGUCAGGCCUUCGAGCUCCGCUUCAAACAAUACCUGAAAAACCCUCCCAAACUCGUCACCCCUCACGACAGGAUGGCACCAUUUGACGGCUCAGCGUGGGAGGAAGAGGAGGAGGAUUUGGCCCCGCCCCCUGAGGUUCCAUACUAUAAUAACUUCCCAGGGAAGCAGCCUCCCCCUGGUGGCUUGGUCGACAUGAGGACACGCCCAGGCCACAGCACAGGGGCCACACUGCCCUACGGUCAGCCCGGUCAAAAUGAUAUCCAUAAACAACCUCUGCCUCCCCUGCCGGUUGGAGUAAAAGAAGGAGGCAGAGAACUCUUUGAUGACCCUUCAUAUGUAAAUGUGGAUAAACCCCGCCUCCCAGUCACUGCAUCCAAUGGCAACGCCCACAGAGAUGCUUUUGACAUGAAGCCAUUUGAUGAUGCGCUGGGGGUGUCAGGCGCAGUAGCGCCCCCUUUGGCGGAGCAGUUGCAGAACGAGCCCUGGUUCCACGGUCCGCUGAGCCGCAGGCAGGCGGAGAGACUGCUGACCAGGGACGGGGACUUUCUCGUGCGGGAGUCGGGCACCACGCCAGGGCAGUACGUCCUGACCGGGCAGCAGGGAGGCCAGCCAAAGCACUUGCUUCUCGUGGACCCGGAGGGAGUGGUGCGCACUAAAGAUCAUCGUUUUGAGAGUGUCAGUCACCUGAUUAGCUAUCACAUGGACAACAGGCUACCAAUCGUCUCCGCGGGAAGUGAAGUGUGCCUGCAGCAGCCAGUCGAACGCAGAGUCUGACUGGGAAAGACACACCCUUCCGUAUCAGACACACCCCCUUUCUAUCUGAUCACUCCUUUCUUCCUCUGACUUCCUGUUUAAGACUCUUUUAAACAAGAGUUCACCAGAAAAUCCCUCGUUUCUGAUUUGGGAGACACAACAAAUGAAAGAGAAAAUAAUAACAUAUAGUAAUAACAAACUGUAUUUUAUAUCUUCAGUCUGAUACCGUCUGAUAAUAUCUCCUUCAGUAACGGAUGCAACAUUUAAGACGCCAAGACCGCGGAAGAAAAACAUCCUUUAAUUACCGAAAAAAACCCAAGAUGACUCAAAUGGAAAAAAUAGCCAAAAAAAAAAAAAUCAUUUGGGGAAAUGGGUGUGAGAGUUUUUCCUCUAAGCGAUAUGUCAUAUUGUCCUGUUAUUCAAAAGGUAACCGAGGUGACGUGCCCGCGCAUUCCGUGGCGUCAGGUGACCUGACACUUUGCGAAUCCCGUGUCUUGUGUGACACUCCAAAGAAAAACAGAGGAGAGAGGAGCUCAUGUGCCGAACGAAACGGAAGCACUCCAAAGACUCACAGCUGGGACUGACUGUACCCUGAAAGCUGCUUUUUCAAAGCCUGAACUGUAAUCGAAUGAGUUUUAAGCAGAUCCCAGGCAACAGCCUAUCACGGCUCCCCCGUUUUUGAGGUUCGCUGAUGAAUAUGCAUAAGUUAACGUUGGAAGGAUUUCAAAGCUAACAAAUACAUCAUACACUCCUUCCCAUUUUAAGGCUUCAUCCACAGAACACUGAGAUCUCAACUGAACUCCCACAAAGCAACGUUUUGUCCGCCCACUCCAACUCAAAACAAAACAACAAAAAAAAAAACCCAAACAAAAAAAGAAGAGAAAAUUCCCUUCUGGGAAUUCCAGCAGUGAUCUUAUCUAGCAAUUGGUGCCAUUUUAGGAAUUCAGACCGAACUCGAACUAAGUGUCAUCCGUUUAGGGAACGGUUCCUUCGGGUUUUUAUUCACUCCGGACGCCUUGUCCGCUCCUCCGUAUGCAAAUACUCGGCGGCUGUCUCAAACGCUCCUGCAGAGAUACUGAACUUCUUUCUGGAGAAAAGGGACGGUGACCUCUCCCCCUGAGGAACAGAGUGACGGAGGUAAAAGAGGGAGGGAACAGGAGAAGAAGCGAAGCACAGCCAUGAGGACCUGGUCAGAGGACAUGUACAUAUAUCUAUUGGAUUUGAACGGACGAACAGAGAAAUGCAGACGCGUUAAGAACGUAUUCAGUGGGUUGUCUGAAUAGGGUGGCAAUUCAGAAAGAAAGAGGGGGGGGGGGUCUGUAUUUUAGCUUGUUCUUGAUGUCAUAUUUGAGAAGAGUUUAUAGCCUGCGGUAUGAUGUCAUUUCCUGAAGAAUCAUGACAAAAUACAGCAGAUGUCUUUUUUUAAAUUCUCGGUGCAUUUUGGGAAAUGUCGUGAAUGACAUCAGUUUUCUUUUUUCGUUUUUGUGUUGUUUGUUUUCUUAAACAGACACUCAGUCUGCUUGCAUCGACAAUCUGUCUGCGUGUGUGUGUGUGUGUGUGUGUGUGACGCAAGACUGUUGUCACAAACGUUUUUUUUUUUUUUU